GGAGAGCGAGCGAGAGACGCGUGUGGGAGGAGCGGUGCGGAGUGGUACUGAGGUGCGUGCCUGCGUGAGUCGGAGCGAAAGCAAAGAUCGUCGUCAUCAUCAUCAUCAGGCAGCGGCAGUGAAGCGACACGGAGGAGGAGGAGGGAAGUCGUGCGCUCAGCAAGCAGAGAGGAUGGAGGGCGGAGUGGUGGUGCCUGUGGAUUUCAGCGACGUGGUGAAACAGGGCUAUGUGAGGAUGAGGAGCAGAAAGCUUGGGGUGUACCGCCGCUGCUGGCUGGUGUUCAGGAAGGCGUCGGGCAAGGGGCCCCGGAGGCUGGAGAAGUACGGAGAUGAGCGUGGGGCCUACUCGUACACCGCACACAAGGCGACGGACCUGAGCGGCGCGUGCGCCGUGCUGCGUCUCCCGCGGGACGCGCGGCGGCACGGCGUGGCCAUCACCCUGCACGACGGCUCCACGCGCUCCUUCGCCUGCGAGUCCGAGCUGGAGGCAGAGGAGUGGUGCAAGCUUCUGUCACUUGAGUGUCUGGGCAGCCGAGCUAACGGCAUCAGUCAGGGAGAGCCAGAUCUUCUGGCGGCAGGGGCACAGCGAGAGCAAAAUGAGCGCUUCGCUGUGUACCUGCUACCGUGCCCGGGCCUGGAGCUGUUCGGGGCCUGCUCACUGCAGGUGACGCCCGAGAACAUCCACCUGUGGGACACGCGGGACCCCCGCCUGCGCCUACUCACCUGGCCCCUCGUCUCCCUGCGCCGCUACGGCCGCGACGCCACACGCUUCACCUUCGAGGCCGGACGGUCAUGUGACACGGGCGAGGGCCUCUUCACGUUCCAGACGGCGGACGGCGAGGAGGUGUACGAGCGCGUGCACGCGGCCACGCUGGCGCUCGCCGAGCAGCAUCGCCGCGCCCUGCUGGAGCUGCAGAACAACGCUCGCCUGCUGAGCCCUUGCGGUGAAGACCUCGCUCCGAGCGCCAUGCUACCACGCAGCGCUUACUGGCGCCACAUCACACGACAGAACAGUGACUCUCCUGUCUAUGCUGACGAUGCAGCCAGCAUGGCAGCUGUCCUUCCUCGUGCACACACCUUCUGCACUCUCAGCCAAUCACAGCAGCCCUUCAAGGCCUCGACUCCUCUCUUGGCUUCAGCAUCUCCUGGGUCGCACACUCAUCUGACUCAUCUGGUCCCGUCGGCGGACUCUUGAGGUCUCAUCCUAUCACAAGUCACAAGUGAAUCCAAAUAGCAGACAGGAGCUCCCUGCGGUUUUCGUACCACGCAUCUUUACAUAUGCACGCUGGACACAAAUCCCCACCGAGUAGAGCAGAGCCAUUUGACGAGCGUUUAAUCUUGGCUUAAAAUUUAGUUCACAUCACCCUGCUCUGCCUGGGUGGAUAGCGUGGCGUGUGAUUGACCAUGCCUUCAGGUCUUUCACCUGAAAUGUGAUUGUAGAACAGGCGUAUUGAUUAAUGAGCGGGUGCGGAAGGUUUCCGCUUGAUGUUUUUUUUGUCUGGAGGGCCCAUGAAAAGAUAAUGAUUUAAUUUACUAAAAGCUACACAUCGACACCACGGAGAUUAAGAGCUUUGUGGGUGCAAAUGCUUUGUACGAUGGAAAGUUUUGGGGUAUGAAAAUUUUAACUGACGUAUAAUUGUGUUUUUAUUGCUGUAUAUCUUUUUGAAAUCGGUCAGUCACCUUUUAAUGCCAGGUAUAAUACAAAUGUUGACAAUUGAUUAAUUGAACCCUUAACUUAAUGAGUAAUUAUUCAUUAAAUAUGAACCUGAAUGAAAAAUAAAUAUAAAGUAUCUUGCUGAUAACUUUGUGCAGAUUGACCAAUGACAAGGUUUAUAAAGGGGAAGAUUAUUUGGAUCCUACCUUGACUGCCACAAGAUUACAGUACAGAAAAUGUACUGAAUAUUGAUCCUUCUGAACAUUUGAAACAAGGUCAGAUGGUCAAACGGGAUGUAUAAUGAACUCUUUUUUUCAUUGUCACGUGUGUUAGGGCUGGGACGCAUUUGCAAUAAAGCGACCACAUUGUGAAUUGAUAAAUCUCGUGAACUUAGACUUCUGUUUAAAGAGUCCAGCUGAAAAGCAUUUCUACUUUUUUAGGAUCUUGUAAAAAAAUAAUGUCUGCUAGAAUUACUUAUUUUAGAAGUCGAAUGAUAAAGGUCAAAUAAAUGAUGUUAGUAAUAAUGUCAUGUACAGUUGUUGUGUGAUUGGACUAAUUACACAUCUACGUCUUGUGGUGAGUGAUUAGUCGGUGGUUUUAAGAGGUGGGGAAGGACAGAUUCUGUUAUGUAGUCAGUGAUUUGUAACAGUCCUUUGCACAAAAGGGUAAACUAAAUCAAUUGAACUACAUUUUUUGAUCCAAACGCUUUUAAUUAUGAAACUACCUCGACUGAGGUCACUUAUAGUGUGCGACAUUUUGAAAAAUGAGUUUUUCAUCAAUGGUUUAUUUCCAAAUUAUCGCUGCAUUUUCAAAAGUAAAGUUUUACAUCAAUGGUUUUAUUUCCAAAUUAGCUGCUUUAAAUACAAUGUAUUUAUCUCAUGCAAGAAUGUCUAACAUUAGAUUUUGGCAAUGAGCUCCAAUUUGGCUUAAUUGUAUUUCAAAUAUUGCACUGAUUUCAGUAUGAUUAAUUGAAGAAACUGUAGGCUAAGGAAAGUGUCGUACACCUGGAUAAUCUCCAACUUAUUUCAAAUUUUGUUCGAUUACAGCCCAAGUGCAUAGCGUGUAGAACUUGGAGAUUGCAAAAAUGCAUUCUCUAUAUCCAAGUUAAUAGUCAGUCGAAUGGUAUAUCGAUUUGCAAACAUUUUUAUUCAGAGGUAAGAUAAUUAUUUACUUACACGACUCCUGUAUACACUGUGCAUUCAAAGGUUACUUCUCUAUACUGUGCUGGAGGUUAAAUGGCCACUUGUAAUUUUAAGGCCCCUUCAGUUCAGAAUCACCCUGUGUGGUGUAUGUUUAGUUUAACAUGUACAUAUAAUAUAUACAACAAUCUGCGGUACGUGGAGCAAUGUUGGUGUCAUUGAUGAAUUGUGUUGGAAUACUUUUCAGGUUCUCAACUCCAGAAUUCAGCAGCUCAAUCCAGUCCCAUUUUUUGCAUCACAUUUACAUAUUGGCUAUAUUCUUGUAAUCGCAUUGAUCCAGGUUGGCAUGUUUUGAAAACAUGCACUGGAUUUGGCUGCCCGUGACCUGGAGUUGACGGCUUAGUCUGGGGAGAAGGUGGGCUACAAUUUCUUGUGAUCAUCCCGGCAGCUGCCAGGAGUUUAUCAGGUGUUCAGCUCCAAGGCGUUCCCACAUGUGAAUUCUAUACCUUUGUGCUUAACCCUCCUAAACCAUUAGAUGGAUAGAUUAGUCAUAUGAAAGAUCUCAGAUUUUGUUUUGGCUUACACCAUAUGAUUUUUGGCCUGUUGUCGGACAUUGCUCUCAACGUGCGAGGAGCUUCAUUAGAACCUGAAGCUCCCAGCAUUUGAAAAAGCUCUCGGCACGUGGCAUGAAACGUCAGACAUCACGCCAAACAACACAACGGUAGAGCCCGAAAACACAUCGGAGAGCACGUACAGCACAAUCACACAAAACCUGCAUCAUUGUCAUACGUAUGUAUUACACGUGUGUUUAACAUUUAUUUGCUUGUGGCUGUAAUAGAGUUCAGACCUACCAGCAGGAUCCCAAGAUGUGUUGAGCUGAAAAUCUUCUGUUGCUUCUCGACGGAGGAGUAGAGAUCGAGAGAGGAGACCUUUUGUUGUACUUGAGCGUUUCCCCCCCCUGUAACGUGGGGGUUUAUGGUGGAGCUCACGAGCCUGUGUUGGCCUGCAGUAGUAUUUCGAACGGAAACCUUGAUCUCGUUUGAUCGGCGAUCAAACUACGUGUCUCGUGAACUUUUCGCUGUGGACAAUCGGACGUCUUUGCUUGCUCGUUUUUAUCUGUGGGGUCACCCCACUGCCCUGUACGUGACUAUGUUAGUUUUGUUCAGUGGCGUAACCGAAAGUCGUAAUUUAUAUUUUAAAAAAUGUAUUGGUAAUACUUAGGUGAGUUUAAAAAGCGUCAAAAGAGAUGUUCUACUUUUUUCUUUUUUGUCCAAAUACAUAGGUAUAUCAGUUUUGUUUAAUAAAUACAUUCUACUCAUGUGGUCUUUGGUCAUAUCUGGGAAAUUUGUUGACAUUUCUUAUAAAAAUAUUUCAAAUGUACAAUGUGUAUAUUAUAAACAGACUUUAUUAAAGGAAACUUAAAACGUUUAACCCAAAGAAUGAUCUAAUAUCUUAAUUUUUUUUCCUGGCCAAAUAUAUUGUGUUUUUUAUUUUAAAUACUAUACACAUUGCACAUAUGCUAAAGGUACUAAAGUAUCUGUAUAUUAAAUUAAAAUAAUUGUUUCAAGAUUCUCCAAAAUAAAGUGACAUGUUAACUUGU